AUGGAGGAAGGGGUCGGGUGGCUAGCGCUGGCCAUCCUCGCAAGCCCCCUGAUCGACAAGCAUGAUCCCUGGGUUAGCGAAGCCGGGCUCGCAGAGGAGAUCGACGGGCUCAAGUCUGAAAUCAAGGGAGUCCACAUGGUGGUCUCUGCUGUGAAGGGCAGGGCGCUCGGGAACGAGGCACUGGCUGGAUCUCUUGUUCAUCUCAAGGAGGUGCUCUAUGACGCCCGAAACCUGGUCGACGACCUCGACUACUACAGGCUCCAACAAGGCAAGCCCGCUUCGAUCGAGCCAACAAGUAGCAGCCAUGGCAAGAGGCUACGGUCCAAGGCAUGGGACCAUUUCGUCGUGACAAGAGAUGGUUAUGAUAACCCUGUGCAGGCAGAAUUUUGUAAUUCAUCCAGCAGAAAAAGAAUGAGAAUUGGUCGUGAGUCAACACAAGUCACCACAGAUAACACAAAGCUCUGGAACAAGGACGGAUUUUCGAGCAGGUUACGAGAAUUAAUUAAUCAGUUGCAAGGCAUCCAAGGGGAUGUGAGAGGAGUUAUAAAUAUACCUGUGCUAGAUUCUGUUGCAGCUUCAAAUCACCGUUGGAGUACAACCUAUUUUGCAUGCCGAAGAACAUCGAGUCUUCAUCAAAGGAAAAUGUACGGGAGAUCUGCAGAGAAAAAUUUUAUCAUCAAGUUGAUAAGCGAACACAAAUCAGCUGGUGGUGUCACUGUUCUGCCUAUUGUAGGCAUCGGAGGAAUUGGGAAGACAGCUCUGGCUCAACUUGUAUACAAUGAUCCAGCAGUGGAAAAUCAAUUUGACCACAAGAUAUGGAUUUGGGUGUCUAACAACUUUGAUGAAGUGAGGCUCACAAGGGAGAUGUUAGAUUUUGUGUCACAGGAAACACAUGGAGGGCUUUGCAACCUUGCCAAGCUUCAGGAGAUCUUGAAGGGUAAUAUCAAGUCAAAGAGGAUUCUACUUAUUUUAGAUGAUGUUUGGGAUGACAAAAAUGACUGCCAAUGGAACCAGCUGUUGGCUCCUUUUAAGUCUGACAAUGCAAACAACAAUUUGAUACUAAUGACAACUAGAAAACCAUCUGUUGCAAAAAGGAGAGGAACGGCUGAACCAAUUAAGUUAGGUGCGUUGGAAAAAGAUGAUUUCUGGUUAUUGUUUAAAGCACAUGCAUUUGGUGAUGAGAACUACGAAGAGCAAGAAAGUCUAAGUGGCAUAGGACAAAAAAUAGCACACAAGUUAAAAGGAAACCCAUUAGCGGCACAAACUGCAGGAGCACUAUUAAUAGAGCAUCUCACCGUUGAACAUUGGACUAACGGUCUGAAGAAUGAAGAUUGGAAAUCGCUGCACCUCAGUAGUGGAAUUAUGUCAUCUUUGAAGUUUUGCUAUGACGAGCUGCCCUUCCAUUUACAGCAGUGCUUCUCAUAUUGUUCUAUAUUCCCAUACGGUUAUCAGUUUCCCGCGGAGGAGUUAGUCUAUAUGUGGAUUUCACACGGAUUUGUGAAGCUAGACGAUUCAAGUGCGAGUUUAAAGGAUACGGGAUGGUACUAUCUAACUGACUUGGUGAACCUGGGCUUCUUUGAGCAAGUCAUCUCUUCGGUCAGACAAACUUCCUAUUCCAUUAGUGGUCUCAUGCAUGAGUUUGCAAGGGUUGUUUCAAGAACGGAGUGUGCAACAAUAGAUGGUAUAUAUUGCAAUGAAAUAUUGCCAACUGUACACCAUUUGUCAAUACUAACUGAUUCAAUAUAUUCCAUGGAUGAUCAGAUGAGCAACAUACCUUGUAGCAAGAAGUUUGAAGAAAAAUUGAGAAGUUCAUUUACAUCAGUGAAAAAAUUGAGGUCAUUGGUGUUAAUUGGGCAGUAUGACUCUUUCUUCUUCAAAGCCUUCCAAGAAGUAUUCCAAAAGGAACAUCAUUUGCGAGUGCUGCAUUUGUCUGCAACAUCUGCUGAUUUUCAUUCCUUCUUGUGUAGUAGGGUAAAUCAUAGACAUCUCCAGUAUCUGAAACUUCAGGACAGUCAUGUUGAGUUGGGUUCCUCGCCUCAAGUUUCGAGCAAGUUUUUCAAUCGAGUGUUAGAUGGUUGGCUUACCUCUUUACAAACAAUUCAUCUAGAGAACUGUGGAGAAUGCUGGAUAGUUCCAUCACUGAAAAGGCUUCCGUCUCUUACAAGGUUAUUUUUGAGAAACAUGCGGAAAGUAAGAGAAGUAUCGUUUCCGUCAUUGGAGGAGCUAGUUUUAGUUGAAAUGUCAGAGUUGGAGAGUUGUGUGUGCACUUCUCUGGGAGAUAUGAACUCUAGUUUAAGGGUAUUGGAUAUCCGAAAUUGCCACAAACUCAAGAUGUUUGAUUUGCUUGAGAAACAUCAUAGCUUCAAAAUGAAGAAGGCUUUGAAUUCUGUAAUGCUGCACUCCUGUACAUCGUUGGAAGACUUGACAAUUAGAGAAUGCAAAUCACUCACUGCAUUACACGGCAUGGAAUCGCUCAGGACUCUCAGGGCUUUGGCACUAUAUUCGAACUCAAGUUUGGAGCUUCUAGAGCUGAAACCGUUGACACUGCUGGAAGAUCUUGAGAUUGUACACUGUACUUCGCUCGUCCCACUAGAGGGCUUGCGAUCCCUCGUGAACCUCAGGCAUUUCAAAGUAGUCGGAUCCCUGACAGGGUUUGGAGAGAGUUGUGAUGGGACCAUUUUCCCUAGACUGGAAAGUCUUACUAUCGAUAUGUUGUCUCGCCUUACCACGCCAUUCUGCAAGGGCCUUACCUGCCUCCAACAACUAAAGCUAUAUGAUUUGAAAGAAGCAAGAUUAACAGAUGAGCAAGAGAAGGCACUUCUGCAGGGCCUCCGACCUUCGCUGGAGAAACUUCAUAUAGUAUGUUGUGAUGAUCUGGAAGAUCUUCCUGCGGGGCUGUACAACCUUCCUUCCCUCAAGAAACUGAAGAUCGAGUGUUGUAAGGGCCUCUCACGGCUGCCCAAGGAGGGCCUCCCACCCUCGUUGGAACAGCUCAAGGUCGAAGACUGCGGCAACAAGCUCUCAAAACAAUGCAGAUUGCUAGCAACAAGCAAACUAAAGGUCAAGAUUGAGGAGCCCUUUCUGGGAUGA